AUGAGGGCACCUUCGACCUCGUCCCUCCAGCAGGCGCGCACCACGGCGUACCCUAAACGCCGGUCGCCCGCCGCCGCAGCCGGCGCGAGCUCGUCGCAGCCUCCAUCACCCUCGGCGAGGAGGGCUUCCCCCACUUCGGUCGAGAUGCAACGGGCGGCGCAGCUGUCGCCCGCCGAGCGCCAGCUCCUGCCGCUCCUCGAGCGCGAGUACCGCGACGACGUCAGGACCUACAUGUUCGAGAUGCAGGGCAAGACGAUGGCCAACGCCGACCUCAUCGACCAGCAGCCCGAGCUGCGGUGGUUCAUGCGCGCGUACUUGGUCGACUUUCUCGUCGAGACCCACCUCCAGCAGCACCUGCGCCCCGAGACGCUCUACCUCGCGCUCAACAUCGUCGACCGCUACGUGUCGAAGCGCGUCGUCUUCAAGAAGCACUACCAGCUCGUCGGGUGCGCCGCCCUGUGGAUCGCCGCCAAGUUCGAGGACGCCAAGGACCGCGUCCCGACCCUGCCUGAGCUCGUCGACAUGUGCUGCAACGCGUACGACGAGCGCGCGUUCGUCCAGAUGGAGGGCCACGUCCUCCAGACGAUCGGCUGGGUCGUCGGGCACCCGACUGCCGAAGCGUGGCUGCGCCUCGCGUGCGUGACGGGCUCGAUCGAGGAGACGCGCACCCAGCACGUCGCGCGCUUCCUCAUGGAGCUCACGCUCUUCCACCGCGAGUUCAUCCGGUGCAACCAGUCGGACGUCGCCAUGGCCGCCCUCCUCCUCGCGCGUCACAUGCUCGGCAAGCCUCGGCGCCCUACCGACGAGAACGACGCGGUCGUCCACAUCAUGCGCAUGCUCGACGAGCUCCUCGGCGAGCACCUCGAGGAGGUCUCGCCCGUCGUCCUCCGGAAGUACUCGUUGCCGUGCUACUCGCGCGCGUCCAUCUUUGCCCGCGAGUGGUACCUCUGCGGCCGCCGGUUCGCGUACCCGCAGCACCACCCGUCGUCGGCGCCCGUCACGCCCGUGCGCGCCAUGCGCGGCAUGGUCUCGUCGCCCGUCUCGUCGUCGCCGCUCGUCUUUUCGUCGACGCCGGCGCGCUCGGACGCGUCGAGCGCGACCUCGGUCUCGUCGUCCGACUCGGAAGGCGACGACGACGACGACGAGCACGACGAGUGCGACGACCUCGAGGACGACGAGGACCAGCCCUUGACGCCGCACACGCCGUUGACGCCGUUCUCGAACGGGACCGACUCGUUCCUCGGCGUCGGUGCGCCGCCGGCCCUCACGCCCGAGGACGUUGUCAGCGCGACGUUCGCGGCCGCCGCGGCGCGUGCGCACAAGGAGAACGCGGCGGCGCACCACCACCACCAGCACCACCAGCAGCAGGCGUACGACGCCAAGGCGGUCGCGCACCACGUCCAGCAGCAGCACCGCCCGCCGCUCGAGCGCGCGAGCUGGGAGAUGAACCACCAGGCGCCGGCGUCGUCGUCGCCGUGCGCCAUGUCGACGUCGCCCAUCUGA